AUGAGGCAGCUUGUAGAGUCAGAGCGCACCAAAGAGUCAGAGCGCACCAAAGAGUCAGAGCGCACCAAAGAGUCAGAGCGCACCAAAGAGUCAGAGCGCACCAAAGAGUCAGAGCGCACCAAAGAGUCAGAGCUACGUCAAGCAGCGAAGGAGAUGGCGAAAAGAGCUAGGGAGCAUAGGAAGAUAAUGCGAGGGUGCCGACAUGUGGAAUGGAAAUUGCAAUCGCAGUCGUCUAAUACGAUGGAGGUGUCGAAGAUACUAAAGGAUAUGGCCAACGAUCGCUCUGCAGCUCCAACCAAGAUGAGGUAG